AUGGCAGCGUUGUAUGCAUCUCGACUGGGGAUUCGUCCCUCACCCUCUCGCCCGGCGACAAAACCAGACGUAACCGGAACGCUCGAGGGCCUUGAGGGUCUUCCGGCUGAGAUGCUACUUGACAUCUAUCGGCAGCUCGACAUCGAAAGCGUUUUCUUGCUGGCCCAGACGAAUAGUUUGUUCCAUGGUCUUCUCCGGCGCAACAAGCCCCAGAUUAUUCUUCCGAUUCUUCAAAGGGAGUUCAGCCCUUUCGAAGAGUUGCUGCAAGUCUACACCGCCUCGGAAGAAGAUCUGAAUUAUCUCGGCGACACUUUUCAGCCGCGACGCAUCAUCUAUCGACGUUUCCCCGGUGAUGUGACCGGCAUCGUUCUGUGCCGAGGGGGGAUGGCAACGCAUGGGACUCCAGUAACGCCGGGGUUUUCCGAGGUCCACGAUCGCGGUAAACCUACCAGUACGGCAUCGUUACCCCGGCCGCGGACCAUCGCUCUUAUGGAGCGAGAUUUGAGUCCUCUGCUGCGAUACUGCAAAACAGUGCGGAAAUGGGAAGAACUUUACCCUCGACUGCACUGGAUUGCCGAACCGGAGAACUGCCGUGUCUUGGGGUCAUUUGAGAAGGAGAAGCUGCGUAGGGCGCUUUGUCGCUGGUGGCUCCAUGCCCGGUAUUUUCACGGAGAUCAUCCGCGGCCCCGACGUGGGGAGCCUGAACCCUUCGUGCAUGACAUUCGGACGAGCCAGAUGCGGGUGUAUCCGACCAGCCAGUUGGCGGAGCUGAGAGCCCUUGUCAUGUCGGUCAAGAACCUCAUUCGCCACUAUAUCUAUCCCAAUCUUGAGCAGAACAUGGAUGAGAUGGACGACUCCACGGCGCUUGAACGGAUGAUCGAGCGCUCCAUCCGCGACCGCAUCGUGGAUACCUACGCCAAACUUGACCCAGGGGAACUCAUGUUCUAUUUUGAGAACCUUUACAAUUAUCCUCGCAAGCGGCUCGUCGUUGAUGUGAACUUGCGCCACCCCACAUUCGUCCACGACCAGGAGUCUCUGCUGUCCGCUAUCCAAGCUGCAGUCGAAGAACGACACUGGCUUGACGGCAUUGGCCAGCUAGAAGAUCUUGGAGCCAUUGUUGGAAACGCAAGUGCGGGCGAUGAACGGCUCAACGAAGACGGGAAUCCUGACGCUUCUAUUCCUGUACCAGGGGUCUUUCGGCGCCCACAAUAUGACUGGUCGCCGCCAGGCGACGAUGGCCGGGCCUUGACGGAACGCGUCCACACCAUGUCUGGCGGCCGUCUCUGA